GUAGGGCGUAGACUGUCUGUGAUGACAGUGUCAAAUUACAGACAUGCUUAACAGGCUUUAACAGGCUCGGUCUGCCUCACCGUUGUUUCUAAAGUGUACAAACCAGCCAAACAAUGCAGUCAAACUCCCUGCCUGGCAACUCAGAGUUGGGACCUAGGCCAAGCCCGAAACAAACGAACCGUAACAAAAUAGUUGAGGAACCAGUAACAGUGACAGGCCACAGUCCACUUGGGGAAGUUGCAAAAGUGUUAGUGCGAGACGCUACCAGUAUGCCCUCUGAUUUUUGAAGUCUCUGGGUAAACAAUGACACAAGCUCCAGGACACAGAGAGGAUCAGGGAAACAAUGCAUCCCAGAAUGGAUCUGUUGUUUUUUUCUCAAAUCCGUUGAUGAGUGAUAUUGAGUCAGAUUGGUCUCCCAUUCAUGAUGCUGCCUACAGUGGAAAGUUUCUAACACUGAGAAGACUGAUAAAUCAGGGAAUGUGUGUCAACCUCUCCACUCUGGACAGAGUUACUCCCCUUUACGCAGCCUGUGUGCAGGGACACACCGCCUGUGCCAGGUUGCUUAUAGAAAAUGGGGCAAAUGUAGACGUGACAACAUUGCAGCGGACCACUCCCUUGUCGGAGGCCUCUGCCCGGGGCCACGCCGCUUGUGUGAAUCUGCUCCUCCAGCAUGGAGCUUCACAACAGGGCUCCGGUCUGUCGGCCUCCCCCACCCACCAGGCUGCCGCCAAAGGUCACCCAGAGUGCAUCUUGUCUCUGGUUCAUCACGGGGCAAACCAGGAUCAAGCUUGACACUACACUGCCUACAGCGGUUGGCAUCGGAGCAGAGUGAGAGCAUUAAUUUAGCUCGGUAUGAAAAUACAUUCUUCUCAGUUUGUUGUUAUCUUGCAAAAGGGAUGUACAGAAUCUAAACAGGUAUAAUCCGGUCUAGACUUUGGCAAGUGUGCUUUAAUGUGUAGUUUCGACUUGGCCUGUAGUAUAGGGCCUUUUAUUCAACCAUUACUGUAACAGAGAGUCAUGAUCAGACCAAUAGUCUCUUUUACAGAUGAGCCCUGUUUAAAUAUAGCAAAAUAUGCAGGGCCUUCAGAAAGGAUUCAGGGGCCCUUCACAUGUUCCACAUACUGUUGUGUUAUAGACGUUAUUUAUAAUUUAUUACAUGUAUUUCUUUUUUGCCAUCAAUCUAGGCACAAUACCCCAUAAUAGACAAGCAAAAGCAUAUAAAAAAAAAAAUGUGUGCCAAUUAAUUGGAUUUUUUUUCAAAUCAUUUAGAAAGUUUUCACACCAUUUAUUCAGCACUUUGUAAAAGCACCUUUGGCAGCGAUCACAGCUUUGAAUCUUCUUGGAUAUCCCUCUACCAGCUUUGCACACCUGGAUUUGGGCAUGUUCUCCCAUUCUUCCUUAUAGAUCCUGACGAGCUCUAUCAGACCGGAUGGGGUGUUGGUAAAUAAAGGUCUCCCUACAGAUGUUCAGUGGGUUUCAAGUCCCGAAGACUGUUCAUCCUCCGUUCAAUUCUGACCAGUCUCCCAGUCACUGCCACUGAGAAGCAGCCACAUAGCAUGAUGCUUCAGCUUAGGAAUGGUAUCAUGCAGGUGAUGAGGUGUACCUAGCAUCAGCCAGACAUAGUGCUUGACAUUCGAGUCUGACAGUUUGAUCAGAGAAUAUUUUUCCUCAUGCUCUCAGUCUUUCACGUGAGAUAUACCAUUUACUCAGGAGUGGCUCCUGUCUUUCUACCAUAAAGGUUUGACUGAGUCCUGGUCUCUUUUAACAGCCCUGUGGAGAAACAUUUGGAUCACAGAGGUGAGAGCUAGUCCCAUACAUGUUUUAUUUGACCUUUAUUUAAACGGAGGAAUCAACUAAGACCAAUUUUUUUUAUCCCAGCUGAGACCUGUAUUUCAACCGUGAAAACAUACAAAAUGCAAAUGAGACAAUGAAAAAAAUAUUGAAAAGCAGUUUUACCCAGGGUAGUAAUUUAGGAGUCUUCCAAAACUCGGAUUCUGUGACCUAGAAAACAGCAUAUACUUAUUUAUGUACCUGCAUUUAGUACCGACCUGCAAUCCCUGAGGGAGUUUUGUGACAGUUGGAAAAGUGCAGGUGUGCAACAGCAUGUUGGAGAGAGGGAACUGUAGUGUAUAGUACUGUCAUCAGCAUAAAAAUGAUUUGUACAAUUUCUCACAAAGAUACAGAUUACAUUAACAUACAGAGUGAAUAGUAUAUAACCCAAAAUGUAACCCUGUGGAUCUCCUUUGUGGACUAGAAGAAAUGUAGAUUUAAUCCCACCGGUUAAAAUAAUGAUAUUCAUGAUACACAUUGGUUGGUUUGAAUUCUGUUGGAUACUUGGAAUUUUAACAUAGUAUAUUUGUUUGUGUUUAUGAAAAGGUCAUUUGUUCUUACUAUUUAUAUUGUGUUGGCAUAUGUUGAAGGGUAUGCACAGCAGAACUGAAACUAUAUAUAUUCUUCCAAUCAGAUCUAUAAUCUAGAUCCAUGAAAAUAUUUCCUGUUUUCUGCUAUGGAUACAUUUCUAUUUUCAGUCAGUAGGUGGCGCACUAACACCAGAAUAUGUGAAAAGAGGCGUUCAACACUGAAUUAUUUAUUCUGAUAAAUUUAAUUGUAUUAGGUGUAUGAUCAGAUUUUUACACAUGAAAUAUAAGAACUUUACAUUAUAUGCCCCAUGAAUAAAUGAAUGUGCAAUCAUGAA